AUGACGGAACGAUCGCGAGCUAGCAACGCGCGCGAUUUUGUUUAUCAGACCUCGGGCCAAGCGGGUGAAGCUUCACGACAACACGCGCCGUACGGUAGCUAUGAUGGCGGCCACGAUGCCAAUGGCCAUGUAUCGGCGAACGGAAUGCCAGAGGGAAUGCAUGAUGCGGCUCUGAGGUACCAGGCAUAUGGCGUGCAUGACCAACAACAAGUACCCGGACAGUUCACUGGCACUGGCUACGGGUACAACAACUCGAUGCCACUGGGCUGGGACUGGACGAACUCGAUUGACUUUUCAGACUUCACGGCCCAAUACGAACCGCAAGGGGAGCUUGUUGAAGAGCUCCAACAUCCCGUCACCGCGAACGACUUCAACAUACCAUUACCCUUUGCGACCACGGACGCGAAUUUCGAUCCGACCGCCCAUGCUCCCGCGAUCACGACACCAAAUCCGCUCCUUACGCAUCAUACUAUCUCACAUGCGCCAGAAGCGCCACCUCAGAGACCUGUCGUCCAGACAGGCAUGAAGAGGAAGGCCAAUUCUGAGCCAGAUUCCGCAGUGUCGCAAACCGCAAGCAAUGCAACAGAGACACAGCAUAACCCGUCGAAGCGUCAGAACAGGUCACGGCGAUCAUCAUCCACGUCUUCGCCCUUGCCCGAUGUCGCAGAAUCGGCAGAUGCUCGCCAGUCACCGGCAACACAGGCUUCGGUCGUGCAGCCGUCUUCCGAACCUGCACCACAAGUAGACACAGAGCCACGGAAGAAGGAGCAGAGUAAAGGCACAGGACCUCAGGGGCGGGUUAUCGAUGUCUCAAAACCACGACGAGUUGCGGAGUCGCCUGGAGGCAUGGAAUUGCUACCAGCAGGGAAAGUGUUCCCUAUACAGAUCGGAUCUGAGCUGUUCAGAUUGUCUGGCGCGUCCAUAACUUCGGAUGCACCCUCAUACUUCUCGCAUUUUUUCAGCGAACAGCUGCACAACAACGGUGGCCGCGCUGGCGACGUAAAGACGUUAUACAUCGAUCGCGAUCCUGAUACUUUCCGAGAAAUCGCACUGCAUCUGCAAGGGUAUCACAUUACACCGAAAGACGGCGAGCAAUUUGUGAAGCUAUUUGCAGAUGCGCAGUUCUACUCACUACCGCGUCUUACCAAGCAGCUUUUCAAGACCGAUAUCUUCAUUCGAAUCGGUGGUACACCGUUUCAAAUACCACGAGACCUGUUCUCCUCGCCGGGUGACAGCCCCAACUAUUUCUCCCUAGGCUUUGCACAAUUUCUCUCCACGCCCUCGGACACAUUUCCUGGUCUCGACCGCAGCGCAUUACUCCGUCCGCCCUCUAUAUCCCCUCCCUCAGCCCCUGGUCGAAGCGGCGAAACCUUCGCAGAACUGAUCCGCAUCCUCCAAGGCUACGCACCCGAGAUCCGCAACGAAGUACAUCGCUCACAACUCCUCCGUGAUGCGCGCUACUUCCAUCUCAAAGGUCUUGAGCAGAAAUUAAUACCGUGCGAGAUAUCGUACAAUCUUAAGCGCCAGGAAUCGGAGAUUUUGAUGCGCUUAGAGGAUAUCAGGCAAUCUGGCGUUUCAUUUGUACCUGACGAGUCACUCAGUGACUCAGAAAGCGUAUCACCAAGUGCUGCACCGAGCAUUUCAUUUCCUUCCGCCCGCCCGGGUUUGGUAUCAUAUGCAAGACCAUAUACAGACGAUCACUCGCAGACCAACAUCCUCGUUCUGGAAAUCUCAAAUGGAGAGUCGACAACCUUACACCUGUCACCAUCGGCGCAAACUUCCACAACGAUCAAUCCACGGGCGACGUUUCACAACUCGACACUCGCUCGGAUAACUUCCCUGUUCUCUGUUAUUGCGAGUAAGAUGGGUCUACCGGCUACCCAGCCACUUGGCCUAAUGUACCUCCAGACAGGCAGCGGCGUGGCUGCUCAACCUGUCAGUCCAGCUAACUCCGGUGUCAGCGAGGGUCGUGUACGUGUCCGCCUCGAUAAAGAUUGUGCGUUCAGUCUCGACGGGGAGGCAGCGGAGAUCAGCACUGAUGAAACCUCCAGACGCGUUGGUGUUAGACGAGAAAGAGAUGCGACAUGGGUCUGGGGCGGUGCUCGAGACGGAGAAGAAACCGAAUGGAUCGUUAAGCGCGCUCAUUGGCGUUUACGAGUCGAGCCCGUGGAGUUCGACGGGGAGACGAGGAUGCAAGUCGUCCUUUGUGGCGUGAAGGUCGAGGUUUUUAGUGUGGAGAGGAGGAGGAAUGUUAGCAGAGGGUUUUUAGGUAGCUCAUAGCGCAGAGUCACCAGGUGCUGCGCGCGCUGCACCCCACGAUCCUGAGCACCGGCCCUCGAGGCGUUGCAGGAACGAGGCUUUGCCAAUCACGCCGAACAACUGGCCACCAGCAAUUGUCACGGUGGUGGAUGCAUACAUGAGCAGGGUUGAUGCUAUUGACAGUUUCGUGAAAGCUAGGCCGGGCAGUACAGCAUCGGGAGAGAACUUAUGGGGUUUUUGGGGUGAGGAAGGAAUAGAGAAGGGGGAGGACGGCAUACAGACCACAUUCGUCAUACAUACUACACUUGAAAGCUCUAUUCCGCACAUCAGCAUGCACAGGCAAAUUACCAUACAAUUUCA